AACUGAUUUAGUUUGCAAUUUAUACUGAAUCAACAUUUCAUCGAUGGCACCAAAUACUGACAAAACAGAUCAUCCAAACAGACCAUUCAAACAGCGAAAGCCUUUGACGACUCGAAGGGAAGAGGUCUCCGGAAUAAGAGCUAAAUUUCCCACUAAAAUACCAGUAAUCGUCGAGAAAUAUUCAAAAGAGAAAAGUCUUCCGGUUUUAGACAAAACAAAAUUCUUGGUCCCACAGGAAUUACCGAUGGCUACCUUUGUAACGAUCAUCAGGAAUCGCAUGCAAUUGUCAUCAACUCAGGCUUUCUAUUUGAUUGUCAACAACAAAAGUAUGGUUAAUAUGACUAAAACCAUGGCUGAGAUCUACAGAGACAACAGGGAUGAGGACGGCUUCCUAUACGUGACGUACGCUUCACAGGAAAUGUUCGGCUCUUCACAUGUCCUCACAAUCUCAUAGUUUCCGCAAAUGAAGUCUCAUUUCUUAAUCUCUAUUAAACUGUAUUUAUAUUAAAAUAUUGUAUAUAAACUCGUGGAUCCUUUUUAUACUUUGUUUGCCAACAUUAAUCGAUAUUUAAUUGAAUAUUUCAUGAAUUUUAUUGUCUUUAAAGCAUUAACACUACAAAUGUAUUUAAAUGUAAAGAAAAUAUGAAUAAAAUUGCCGUCAAUUGCAAUCAA